AUGUCUACCACGUACGAAUACACCACCACCAACAUCAAGGCAGACCAGCCUGCCCAGCCGAGCAAGCGCUUCAGCCUACUACGCAACAAGAACGGCUCACGCGACAGUGGCACCAAAGCGUCAACGAAGUUGCACCUCGAGCUACGAAACUCGAUGGACAAGGCCAAGAGAGCCUUCAAGAAGGCUGCCUCGCUCACACCAGGCCACGAGCAGCGUGUCACGCGCCGCGAGAACAUUCGUGAUGCACUCAUUGACACAAUGGUGCUGAAGUCGACACUUCGAGACGAGAAGAAGAAGCUUCGCGCGUCGGAGAAGGUCGCGGAGGAUGUGAAAGCUGAGCUCGAGUCUGUCAAGCAAGCACGACAGACUCUGCAGGCAGAUCUCGAGCAGGAAAAGAAUCUCGCCACUAUCCAGGAGGAGAAGUUGAACGAACUCAAGAUUCAGAAUACUGUGCAUGGACUGCGCCUCGAGCUGGAGACAAAGAGCUCUGCCGCGUGGAAAGCCGAGGACAGCAAGCAGAUCAAGGAGCUGAAGCAGACCAACGAACAGAUCAAUACAGAUUUCGAAGUCAAGCUCGAACAGAAGAAGGUUGAGAUCACGGAACUUCAAUGCGAGCUCUUCGAACUUCACCAACAGGUUGAGGUCGUCGGUAGCAAGCUCGAGGCCGCAGAAUUGCAGGCGGCCGAGAAGAUCGAAGCGCUGGAAAACACAAUCAAGCAGGUGGAGCUGAGCGCCGAGCAACAUCUCACCUCUGAGAAAGACAAGUUCGAGCGCGAGAACAGCAGUUUGGCUUGGGAACUCCACCAGGCGCAGAAGAGCUUUGGGAGCGAGCGUGCUCACGUGAACGGCUUGCACGAUGAGCUUGCCUUCGUCGAGGCUGAGAAUCUCAACUUUGAGAGCGACAAUAUCCGUCUGCGUGCUGAGCGGGAUGAUCUGCACACGAAGCUGGCCUCCGUGAGCAACGAGCUUCAGGAUGUCAAGAAGGCCGUGUCGUACGCAAUCGAGCGUAUGUACCUUGACAAUCCAUUGGUCAAGAAGGAUCCAGAGACUACUUCGCUUUCGGACGCUCUUCAGGAUCAUGUCGAGAUCAACAAGAAGAAGAUCGAGGCUGCUCGUAUCUACCAAGCGAGAGCUGAGAAGGAGGUCGCGGAUGAGAAGACCAAGUAUCGGCAGCUGGCUGACAAGACAGCUGAGCAGCGCCAGGAAUGGCUGGCUAUGAAGAAAGAGAUCGGAGACUGCAAGGGCGCUCGCAAGCAGGCUGAGUAUGACCUCGUCCAGCAGGGCCACAAGUUCGAGGCUGUCAAUUCUCGAAACCAAGAAUUGGAGACCGAAUUGGAGGAAGUCAAGCAGACCUCUCAAGCCGCCAAGGAGAAGGGCGAGCAGCUCGAGAAGCAUCUUGCAGAGGCAAAGCAGAAGAACGAGCAGCUUGAGAUGAAGCUUACAGAGGCGAAGAAGAUGGCAGAAAAUUCCACGCAGAAGAAAGUCGACGGCCGCGAUGAUGACGCAGAAGCCAAGAUCGCCGAGCUCACGCAGCGUUGCGCUCAGCUGAAGCAAGAGAAAAUCGACCUCCAGGACGAACAGGAAACCGAGGAAUGCAUUGCUGCUGAGAAGAUCUCGAAUCUUGAGCGAGAACUCGCCGGUGCGAAGGCUCAGCUUCAGGAGCACGGAGAUGCAUUGAAGAACGCCAAUAGCUGGCUUCAAGAAAUGGACGAAAUCAAGAAGCACCAGCAUGAGAAGGUGCUCGACUCCAUUACCCGCGCCAAUAGAGCCAUUCAGCUCCAGACCCUAGCCGAGAAGGCGUACGACGAAGUUUCCGAGGAAAAGAAGCUUCUUGAGCGACAAAUCGACGGCGAGCAGGCUUCUUUCGAGGCCGAGAUUUCGCAGCUGAAGCAGACUUUUGGCGGAAUGCGUGAGGAUUUGCGGUCCGCUCUCGAGGGUGUUGAGGAUGGUCUUAUGAGUGGUGAGAUGAACAAUAUUCAUGAGGCUGUCGUGGAUAUGCGCGACAUCUUGGGCUCGAGGGAGAUCGUGGAUGAAUCUCUCGAGGAGUCGGGAAUUGAGCAGCAAGAGGCGGGGUCUGAGCAGGCUGAGGCUUUCAAUGAUGAGGAGGGUGAAUACCAUGGCCAUGACCUCAGUACUAUUGAGGAAGAGACUGAGGAGGAGGUCGCUGCGCAGGAGGAGGAGGUGGAGGAGGAGCUCGAGCCCGCAGUGGCCGGCGAGAACGCUCACGAAGACUUCGACGUCGCCGCGGUCGAUGAGGACCAGGAAGAGAUCGUCCUGGAUGAGAUCGAGCAGCUCGAUGCUCUUGGAUUCUGGAUCCUUGCAUGA